GAUAAAUAACUUUUUGCUCAUAAAUAAUAAUGAUGCUAUUAAUUUAAAAAAUUUGUUAAAUCAAAAAUUAACACCUGGAUUUGCUUUGAGAAGUAAACAAAAAUUUGGAAAAAAGGGUGGUAAAAGACUUGAUUUAAAAGAAUUAAAAGGAAUGUUCCUGGCUGUGUGCACUGAAAUAGAAACUGAUAAUAUUCCUUCUCUCCAACAAAUCAAGUCAUGGAUAUCUAGGUUUAGUUCUUAUCACAAAAAACAAGCAGCUGAAAUU